CUUUUAUACUUGCUCCACGGCGAAACCUCUUGGCAUGAAGGAUGGGGGCAUCCCAGAUAACCACCUCACUGCUUCGUCUGCCUUGGGAAACCAGCAAAAUUACUAUGGACCUCAAAGAGCGAGGCUUUAUUUGCAGGUGGAAGGACGCUUAUGCGGUGAACAGCUUGGAAUGGAGGACGGAAGUAUUCCUGACUCCAGCAUCACUGCCUCCAGCGUUUUCAACGAGCGAUCAGACGCGCCUGGUAACUGCGAGCCUCACAACGGCCGGCUGAACUACCCCGGAGUAGGCUCGAUUGUUGGUGGCUGGUGCCCGGCCAGGAAUGACAAGGAAUCCCCAUGGUUUGAGGUAGAUUUGGCCGAGCCACUGCAGGUAGAGGGAGUUAUCAUUCAGGGCCGCGUGGAUCCAUCGGGGAGUUGGAAGGAANAUGAGGAAAUAUGCUUUAACUUGAUAUGUGUCUUGAACACCCGAAAAACCUGUGUCUUUUAUACUUGCUCCACGCCGAAACCUCUUGGCAUGAAGGAUGGGGGCAUCCCAGAUAACCACCUUACGGCUUCGUCUGCCUUGGGAAACCAGCAAAAUUACUAUGGACCUCAAAGAGCGAGGCUUUAUUUGCAGGUGGACGGACGCUUAUGCGGUGAACGGCUUGGAAUGGAGGACGGAAGUAUUCCUGACUCCAGUAUCACUGCCUCCAGCGUUUUCAACGAGCGAAUAAACGCGUCUGGUAACUGCGAGCCUCACAACGGCCGGCUGAACUACCAUGGAGUAGAUUCGAUUGUCGGUGGCUGGUGCCCGGCCAGGAAUGACAAGGAAUCCCCAUGGUUUGAGGUAGAUUUGGCCAAGCAACUGCAGGUAGAGGGAGUUAUCAUUCAGGGCAGCGUGGAUCCAUCGGGGAUUUGGAGGGAGCGAGUGACAGCGUACCAGGUGCAGUACAGUAAUGACCGAAGUACCUGGGUGUAUGUGACCAAUGGAGGACCUGAGACAGGGCCGCAGACAUUUGAUGGUAACGUGGACCAAACCACCCCAGUCAACAGCAGUUUUAACAAGCCCAUCCAAGCUCGCUACAUCCGUAUCAGACCGACCAGCUACAAUUCUUGGCCCUCGAUGCGGGUUGAACUCUUCGGCUGCAAAGAAUCAGUGGGUGCCUCGUGCUGGUGUGCCGCCGCCAACGACACGAAGCCCUGGAUACAAGUCGAUUUCAACAACACGGUACUCUGCACAGGACUGGUUACCCAGGGACGUGGUGAUGGUGACUACCAGCAGUGGGUGUCGGUGUACAGAGUUCGCUACAGCGAUGAUGGCCAGUCCUGGACCACGGUGAAGGAUCAGGAUGGAACACCAGCAGAGUUUUUGGGGAACAGUGACAAUCACACCCUAGUCACAGCUCGAUUUGCAGAGGUCGUGCGCACCAGGUAUCUUCGUAUCAUACCAACUGAAUGGAACGGGCUCUGCUGCAUGAGAUUUGAGGUGAUGGGUUGCAUUGUUGCCAACUAAAGGCAAUGGAUCUGCUUUCAACUGAGUUGAGACUGCACCCUGAUGGCUUCAUACUGAUGGCUCUUGGGUACGAGCAAGGGAAGAAUAUCAGUGUCAAAUAGAUAUAUUUAUUCAGCAUAUCUAUGUUAAAAUCAGCCUGAAUUGAGUUCUUGUUUGUCAAUCAGUGACUUGAGAUUACAAAAUAAAGUGUGACCGGAUGUAAACAGAGUGAACAUUUUGGGGGCACUAAUAUUCGCAACAGUCCGCAACGGAAAUCUUGAAAAAUGUUUCACAGGUUUUGUUAGACAUCGAAUUAUGAAAUUAUAAAGUUUUCGUCCUCAAAAUCCUAAAGGAAACACAUUCAUGAUAUCAAUGGACAUCGAAACAUUCGGCACAGGCUUGUGUUUGACUGAAGUAAAUGAAAUCCAAUGUUCUCAAAUUGAAAGGAAUCAGUUAGUAAGAACGUUUUAAACAUCUGUUCAAACUAAAAUACAGUUUUCAAAUAAACAGUUUAUGGAACUAGUUAAGUACAUAGGACCUACUGUUAUUGUACAAUUAACCCAAUUUAAGAUACACUUUUCUUUAUGUUUGUAAAUGAAGUUAUACCAAUGUAAAUCAUUUGGAAAACGAGUGAAAGUUGCACUUUGCAUGCUGUAUAUAUAAAUUUGCAUUACUUUUGUUGCCUUACGAAGUGAUUCACGGGAAAAGUUUGUUGACCACGUACUGUUGACCAUGUAUAUCAGUGGUGCGACCGAUGAAAUUUACGUUGAAAAUCUUCUGUCAACACUGUUCAGACGGUUAUAAUUUCAUUAUUUUUUAUCAGUGGAAUUUUUAAAAUAUCAUGUCGCGUUCAGUUCAGUUUCCAUAAGGACGUAUAAAACAAACGCCCAAAGCGAGUAACAUGCCAAGAUACGACGGUCGGGGAAGAGUUACUCUGUGACAUCGCUCGACAAAGAAACUGAAGCAAAUUCCGUUCGUCUAAAUUGCAUUUAUGUGACUAUACAUAUCUUUAUUUUUUACACUGAUAUAUUGUAUUGUGUAGUUCGAUGUAUUACUGUAUUAUUAAACAUGGUAAUUUAUUCUUGACAAUGGGAAUUUCAUUUAGUAGCUAGGAAGGGGAAAAGGUAGACAUAGGUAGUGCUCAAGAUAGACACAGGUGUACGCCUUGCUUUUUUUGGGCCUACGCACCACAUUAUGCACAGUCUUGGUCAAGAUCAGAGAUCUUCAUUUGCAUGGACGCCAUUUGAGCAAGCAAAGUAUGGACAAAAUAAUAGGGUAUAUAAGCCAUAACGUAGGGGAUUUGACAUCCAACCCUUUAUGGCCUUACAAUAAGUGGCUCAUUCUGGCACAUUUUGUCCAUGACACAGGAGGUGUUAAGGUUAAUUAUUGUUAGUUCCGAAAGAAUUACAUUCUGCCUCAAAUUUUAAUUAAACAUUAAAUUCCUUAAAUGAGACAUGCGUAAACAGGGUAGAAAAAACUCCUACCCGCGGUUGUGACUAAGUAAACACUGAGAGAACAUAUGAAA